AUCUUGAUUGGAGUUGUAUUCCUACACAGAGCUAUCGGAUCUUUCAAUCAAAAUUUAUUCACCCAUAUCUUUUAUGUUUGCUUUCAUGGGAUGCAGGUGAUUAUGGAAGCCCUACUAUAGAAGAGACCCUCUGCCACAGGACUUAAUUUGCAGUCCUUUGGUCUAUUCCACCGGGAUAGUGGCAACAUUAGCCUCUGUUCAUCUGAGAGGUGUAUUUUCCUUUAUCGGUAACUUGUUGCUACAGCCACUUCACUAUAUAUAUUGAACCCCUCCAUGGCUGCAUGUCACACACCCAACUCCAAGCCUAGGCCUUCAGUGCAGUUUAUCAGAAGAUGGCCAUGGCUGUCAAGGGAGAAAACCUUGUGGUCACGAAGCUAAAGCUCGAGAGGAUGCUCAGCAUGAAAGGUGGCAAGGGGGAGACCAGCUAUCUGAAGAACUCACAAGCUCAAGCUCGCCAUGCACGAGCCAUGCUGCACUUCCUGGAAGCAACGCUGAGCGCGAUGAAGCUUCCCUUGCUGGAGGACGGCGGCACGUUUGCCGUCGCAGACCUGGGCUGCUCAUGCGGCACCAACACGCUCUUCCUCAUGGGCAUCAUCGUCGAGCACGUAUCGAAGAUGUACGCAGCGCUCGGCCACGAUUCCCCCGAGUUCCAGGUCUUCUUCUCCGACCUCCCCUGCAACGACUUCAAUGUCCUCUUCCAGCUUCUCCCGCCACAGUUGAGCAGCAGUAGCCUGGAACAGUGCCUGGCGGCCGCCGAAGAGCAGCGGUCCUACUACGCCGCUGGCGUGCCCGGCUCGUUCUACGGCCGACUUUUUCCUUCUAGAUCCAUAAACGUCUUCAACUCCACCUUCUCCUUGCAUUGGCUCUCUCAGGUGCCCGAGAGGGUGACCGAUAAGCGAUCGCCGGCAUACAACGGGGGGCGGGUCUUCGUCCAUGGCGCGUCCGCGGACACUGCCGCUGCCUACAAGCAGCAGUUCCAGGCGGAUCUCGCCAGCUUCCUGCGCGCCCGCGCCGUCGAGAUGAAGGUUGGCGGCGUAAUGUUCCUCGUUUGCCUCGGCCGGACAUCCAUCGACCCGGCCGACCAAGGCGGCGCAGGUUUCCUCUUCGGCGCCCACUUCCAAGACGCUUGGAACGACCUCGUCGAAGAGGGUCUACUGGAGAGCGAGAAGCGUGACAGCUUCAACAUCCCCGUGUACGCCGCCUGCCUCCGGGAGUUCAAGGAGGUGGUGGAGGCCGAGGGCUCGUUCUCCAUCAACAAGCUUCAGGUCGUCAAGGGAGGCAGCCCGCUGGUGGUCAACCACCCAGAGGACGCCAGCGAGGUCGGGCGAGCGCUCGCUAACAGCUGCCGGUCGGUGGCCGGCGUGCUCGUGGAGGCGCACAUCGGCGAACGUCUGAGCGAGGAGCUGUUCGGGAGGCUGGAGCUCCGGGCGGCACGCCAUGCGAGGGAGCUGAUGGAGCAGAUGCAGUUCUUCCACAUCGUCGCCUCGCUCUCUCCCUCGAUCCCAUCUCAUCCCGCGAGCUGACGCAUUCCUGAUGAGCCCGUUCAUGCGAUUCCUUCGAUUCAUGGAGUACGAGAUGACCGUAGAAGCAUUCAUGCUGUAAUCGGACAUGCUCAUCCAACUGAGCCUGUACAUUCCAAAAGACUGAAUAAGCUUAAAACAUGGGUUUGAGCAAAUGCCUGAUGAACUAAUCCACAAUGCAGCGAGAGAAUAUUUCUGGUA